CAUCCGGCAACACCAUACUAUGAGGAUAUGUCAAAACACUUUUUUCCUAUUCGAGGGGGUAUUCCUAUGCAAGUUCUGACCUCAACGGCUGUCCAUGAGCACAUAUUAAACUGUAGGCUUAUUAUCUAAAGAAUACUAAAUUCAUUGUAAUUGGGUUAUACUUUAGUUUAUAAUGGCUUUUACAAUGCUUCGGCCGGUGGCAACUCACCCCUUCUCCUCCUACCCUCCUGAUCUCAACAUGAUCUCGGACGACGAGGAGAACCGCAGCGAGAGCGACGGCAGCUCUGACCAGAGCUAUGAAUGCUGUGCCUCUUCAGAUAAGACUUGUCGGCAGCUUUCCCGCAUGGUGGGAGUCGGUGGGGUUGUUGUGGUCAAACAGCGCAACACAGCCAACGCCAGGGAGCGAGACCGGACCCAGAGCGUCAACACCGCAUUCACCGCGCUCCGGACACUCAUACCUACGGAGCCGGUGGACAGAAAGCUCUCCAAAAUUGAAACGCUCCGGUUGGCGUCCAGCUACAUCUCACACUUGGCCAACGUUCUGGUGCUUGGUGACGGGCGUGAGGAUGGGCAGCCGUGCCUGAGUGCAGUGUACCGCGCUCAAGGACAUGGAGAGAGGAAGCAACCCAGAACUAUCUGUACCUUUUGCUUGAGCAACCAGCGAAAAGGGGGGAAAGAUGGUCGGGGUUGUCUGAAAAUGCGUGGAGCCAGUGCACUACGAAUGAGCCGAAAAUAGACGGCUCUCAGACUUCAAGGAUUGUUGAAUUCAAGUCAGCACCUCAGGGAAAAAACUCUAGCUAACACACCCACUGUACAUAUACCGACACAUAGGCCAGAAUGCCCUCCAACUUUGGGAAAAGACUGUCAAAAAGAUGCGUUUCUGGAAUUUGUUUGUGUGAGAAAAGGCUACUCCUCUCUGCCGCAAUGCUGGCUAUGGAAAAUGUGAUUUUGGAGGAACAUUGUCAUAAAUGACACUUUAUUUGGUUGCCUUUUCAACACCAUUUUGAAUUUUGCUUUAAAAUUCUAUUUUUACAUAGUUGUCCCUAGUCUUUAUUUCAGCCCCUCAAUACCAACAAUAUUGUGGUGUUAUUUUGAUAUAACUUACAAAAUGUCUACCAACAAAAAAAUGUUUUAAAGAUAAAGUAUGUCUGGGAAUUUCCGAUACAGUUUACCUUAUCCUCCAGCAAUGCUAAGGAAUCUUUGCUAAGGAAGUGCGCGAGAUAGGGCCUUUCCAAAAUUUCUGAGAUUGGCCAACCAAAGGCCUUUUGAGCCUAAUAAGGAUAGGACAUGUCAGUGUGUGAGGAAAAACAUGAAUCACUCUGAAACAUCACGCUCUGAAUUUGCUCUAAAAAGUUCAAGGGAAAACAGGAAAGGCAACAUGAAUAGUGUCGGUAGAUCUUUUGUCAAGACUAAUGAUUACUCAUGGAAACUAUCAAAACGUAUGGCACCUUGCUGGACCGAUGCCCAAUAUCAGGAAAAGAUGGUAAAAGCCAAAGGUAGUGAGUUGAACAAUUGGUAACACUUUAGUUAAAUCCUGCACUUUAGUUAAUGCUUUAUAACCUGUUUUCAGGCUCAUGAAGCAACUGCUUCACUUCCCUCUCGAUUGCGCGUUCUCUCUUCUGUCUCCGUGUCUGCGCCGCACAAGUUUAAAUUGAACCAACGUCGGUCAAUUAUUUGUUUAAGAACCGAAAAAUAUGUUGGUUUAAUUGCUCAGCACUACUAUAUAUGUAUCAACAUUUCCACUGACUCAAACUCAUUAUGAGAUGAUUAAAAGACAUUAUAAAAGGGGUCAGUCAUGCAUUUUCAAGACAAGGUUUACAAUGAUUAUCACAUAAUGCAUUGUCUCUGUUGGCUUAAAGUAAAGUGUUACCAAUUGAACAAAUUCAGUGUUUGAGUUUCAGAUCCAUGUCUAGCAAUUCGCAAGUCUGCAGUAAAGUGCACUUAGAGUAUAAACCAUUCAAUGGUUUUGGCUUAUUGAAGCUGUAUUUCAACAGCUGCAGAGGAUCCCAGGAAGCAGUAAGCUGCAGGGCUUUAACACUGGUGUGUUUGAGUAAAUCUUGCUGGUUUUAAUGCACAUGUGCUAUUAAUUAGUCACACCUAAUAUCACCUAGCAGCCUGUGUUGAGCAAAACACAGCUGCUGAUAUGUUAAUGGCGUAAAUCACAACUCUCCGGAGCUGGAGAUGUAUGGAGGGGUCAGAGAGCUGUGUGUAUGUGUGUGGGUGCGUGUGUGUGUGUGUGUGUGUGCAUGCCUUUGUAUGUCUGAGUGUGUCAGUGAGAGAGAGAGAGAAAGAGAGUUUAUAAGAGCUGAGUUAUUGUUUUGUAAAGCACCUCUAAACCUGUGUAAGAUGAGAUUUAGUCAUUUCUUUAAGUCCUCUGUCAUAAAGCCAACUUGUCAUUUGAAAUAGACUUAUAUGAUGUAUUUUCCUCAUAACACACAUGCUGUGACAUUGUUUGAGUGGUUGGUUCCUCAACUCUGAUAAUAUAAGGCCAAUAAAAGAAUAUCAGUAGCCUGGUUGUCUGUCUGUUAAGCUAACAUUCCACUCCUUGUACUCCAUGUUAUGUGCCGUGGAGUGGAAUGUUAGCUAAACAGACUGGCAAUCAGGCUACAAUAUCACAGCUCCCAUUACCAGAUUUGGAAUGUUGUCAUGUCUCCACAAUUACUACGUUACUGUAAAUGGCAAGUGUUACAAAGUGGCAUUGUUGUAGUUACAGCCUCAACCCAUCAAUAAUGUACAAUUAAUUGUGCACUUGCAUAAAAAGCACCCCCGGUCCCUUCUCCACCUGCUGUCCAACAGAUCUGGGUUCAAAAACUAUUCAAAAUCAUUUUACAUACUUUAACUGGGCUUGAUUGAGCUUGCCUGGCGCAAUUGAAUCAAUAGAAUAGUCGUAAAGAUGCAAACCCCGUCCACCUGGCACUCCAGGCAGACUAAAGCAAAUGCUUUAAAGAAUAUUAAACAUUUCAAAACACUGUCAAAACGGGACUAAUUAGAAACUGCUGUUUGACUGAGCUUAUUCUGUAACUCUGGGUCUUGGGGCCCACUAGGGCCCCUUCAAAUGGCUCCCAGAGGCCCCCGAGGCAGGAAGAUGUCACGGAGGAACAGGAAGGAAAAGCAGGAACAGCCGACCCGGCAAAGGCCCUCCCUGUGGGGCCAGCAGGUCCUGGGUCAGUGCCAGUCCUGACAUCAGCCUGCAGAGCUGGGGUCCAGAUGUCCAGCUUCUAAUUUUAAUUAAUGGGUGGGAAAGCCUGGCAUUCCAUCAUGUAUUAUAGUCCAGAGGAAUGUACUGUUUCACAAAGUCCCUAACAGCUGGUAAGGUUAUGAGAGAAACACUGUUACAGUACAACAACCUGCAGGCUACUGUAACACCGCCUGGUAUGGAGGAUGCUGUUGUUACUUACCUUUAUUAUUAAGUUGACAUUUACAGCAACAGCCUGUAUGUAUGUUGUUGAGAACAGAACAUUUGACUGCCAUUGAGUUGAGACGGAAUAAAAGGAAGAUAUACACUUUAAAGUAAAUUGUCUCGUCAAAGGAGUCCCCAUGCAGCACUUACUCAAUUCCUGUCCAGCCACAUACUAGACAUUUGCUGAGGGAACCAUGGGACAAAUAGGGCUAAUAUUGUGAUACAGUUCCCUCAACCAUGCUUCGACCAAAACAAACCCCUUUUGUGCCUUCUCUCACACAAUCCACAAUCCCCCCGUUCAACCUAAAGCUUCCUGUCCAACCUGCAUGUCAGAAGAGCUAAUCGCCUUCAGACACGCACUGCAGCCCUUUCAUGAGACAGGGCCUUGGAUACAAUGCUUCUGAUUUUUUAUGAUGUCAUGAUCCUUUUUUUUCCGUGGAAGAGGGAUGGGAGUGUGGGGAGCAACUGAAUCCAGCCAAGCGGGCCUAACCAGAGCCAGAGGGAGGGAAACUGUGUAUGUGUGUGUGUGUGUGUGUGUGUGUGUGUGUGUGUGCGCGUACCUGCAUGGUUGGGUGUGUGUGUGCGCCAGAAUGGGUGUGCGUGUACUGUAGGAGCGAUACUGUUGACACACUCUCCACCCGGUGGACACACUGGGGGCUAUUGUUUCCCUACAGUACGCAAAGGGAGGAAGUGAAGGAAUGCCCUGAGACAUUAGCCUAGAGACAAUGUCAGUCUGCUGGGGCCAGGGCCGGGCCUUGAUUGCUGUGUUUCCCUGGCUCCCGCUCCUGCCGCUGGGCGGGGUCCUUAAUGCUGAGGUGAAAAGGCUGCUAAUUUCGAGCCCGAUUUCUCCCAUCAAAAUAAUAAAACAAUAUGAGUGCGCAAGCAGCCCUUCAGGAGGAAAGAGGCUUCCAUCCUUAGUAACCAUCCAUCAGGGCGUAAUAGUUCAUUAUUGUUUUGAGCAGGAGCAUGGGGUCACUGGGGGUCAAGUGCUUGUAUAAUAUCAGAAACUGUAUGCACAAAACACUCUCAGAGUAGCACUGCAGAUCUAGGAUCAGGUCCUCUCUGUCCAUGUCAUCUUAUUCAUUAUGAUAUAUAAUAUAUAUAUAUAUCCUAGAUCAGCACUUUUAGGAGCUUUAUGGAUACGGCCUUGACUUCCAUCUACCAUAAACACAAUCCUAUGAGUCCUCUGUAAGUUAAAUGAAUAACUCAGGGCAUGGCUUGUCUUGUUUAGCAUUCUCUCGCUCUCUCUCUCUUGUAAACAUUACUUGUACCUAUCUAAUGGUUUCAUCACCACAAAUGUGUAACUCUGUGCUUGUUGAGGCAAAAGCUUACAGUAUGUAAAUCACCCACUCUAGAAAUGUAUUAAACUACUUGCCAUACCCUCAAUGACCAACUAUUUUCUGUAUAUCCUAACCUCGACAUGAGAUGAUCUAAAUGACUUAAAGGAAUGAGUUCUCAAUAUGUAAGUUGCGGUCUGAGUCUAUUUUGUUUUCACUCAAGAUGGCUGACACUUUCACACCUUUCUCCAAUGUUUGUGAGUGUGUGCAUUUUAUUUUUGUUUUUACAGUAGAUUGGAAACUCUUCUGGCGAACUGAGUGCAGACGGCUAGAUGUCUGACACUUAAAAUGUGGCCCAUAUUUCAUUUUGAAACCAGGAGCAAUUGUUAGGAGGAUAUCCUCAAUCAAGGACCCACAGAGCGCAAUGAAUAGCCUCACUAACAGAAGCAUGCUGACCCAUAACCUCUGGGACCAACAUGUAAAUGUUAGGCUACCUACAUUG